AUGGUAAAUACUACCUCACUCAGUGUGGUAGCAGCCACGCUCAACGUUUCCAACAUAUCUACCUUCACACGUACCGUGACUACCACCAUGGUUACCCCCACACUCGCUACAGUAAUAUACAACACUUCGUCGACAAACACCACCAUAUUUCCCACCAGUACCAUCCCCACAACCCUCGGUAGUCUACAAACUUUCCCAUCCCAGCACGUUCAAAAUACCCAAGGCGACUGUCGCCCUCAAGUCCCAGGCUACGGCCCUGUUCCAGAAGAAGACAGUGUGUCGUCCUUCUACACGUCUCCAUUAAUUCGCACUCCCGCUCUAGAGGCUACCACACCCCAUGGCUAUGCCCUCGCCUUUUGCGGGGCGAAUGCAUCAUAUGUCGGCACGAACUACCUUGGAUAUCACGAACUGGAAGCAUACAGUCCAACUGAGUGUGCGAGUAGAUGCCUCAUGUGGGGGAGAUCUAACCUAGAUGGCGAGCCAGAGGUUUCGUCGACCACUCUGUCCCCAAACGCAUUCGACUACUCCGCUACACCUACCAGCACACCCACGUUACAUGCGCAGAUGUGCAACAGCUUCAAUAUCUAUUUUGAGCGCUCCCCAUCUAUUAAUCUGGGAGAAGAGUGUCAGGACGCGAAUAGUCGCACUAUUGUUAAAUGUGCACUUUGGGGCGAGGGAAAUAUGCGCGAAGAGUGUGCGACAAACACAGGCUACAAGAACUGGAAAUUCGAAAUUGUUAUUGCGGGGAGCAACGGCUAUGUUUUGGGUACGGGGAAGGAAAAGAGCAAUGAGGAGAAUCCAAAGACUUCUGAGGGUGAGAAGAGUGCCAAGGUGGAUAUGGUUGCAGCGUUCAUGAAUAGGUUUGUGGUGGGUGCUGCGCUGGCUUCCUUAAUAGUGGUACAUAUGGAAUUUUGA